UUGACAGAGAAAUUGAGACGGAAGAUUGACCUUUUUUCUGAGUCGUGGGGUCAGUCUGGCCUCAGAGGUGGAAGUGUCGCGGCCGACUGACGACGGAGAAGAGCAACGUCGUCGGUGUCGCUGUCGUGUGUCGGUGUCGGUGUCGCGCUUUUGUACCCGCCUUUCCUCUGGAGAUAACGAGCACGUGGCGAUUCUGUGGUCUGAAAUUGUUUGGGCGAUCCCUGUUCAUACCUACGUGUGCUUACGCAAGGAUCCUCAUGCCAGCUUUCAUUUCGUCUAGUCGAGAAAUCAGCUGACAAAACGAGACGCCGAUUUCUCACAACCGGAACGGAAAC